AUGGCCUUUCGGAGCUUGGAUUCUCUUCUACUCCUUAUCGGCCUCCUGUCUCUCUCCCUCCAACCACCAUUAACCGUCCUUGCCGCCACCAAUCUCCGAUUCACCCUCAACCGAAAACUAUCACAAAAUGUUCCCGUUUUCCGGGAAGCCCCGGCCUUCCGCAAUGGCCACGCAUGCGGCUCCUCCACCAACGACCGAAUCCAUUUAGCCAUGACCCUUGAUUCCAACUACCUUCGGGGAACAAUGGCCGCCGUCUUGUCCAUUUUGCACAACUCAUGCUGUCCGGAGAACAUAAUCUUCCAUUUCCUUUGGCUUCGGUUUGAUCACGAUAUCAAAACCAACAUCAAAACCACCUUCCCAUAUCUCAACUUCAAACUAUACCGAUUCAAUUCCGGGAUGGUUCAGGAUAAAAUAUCAAAAUCCAUCCGUGAAGCCCUCGAUGAGCCCCUCAACUACGCUCGAAUCUAUCUUGCAGACAUCAUCCCGGUUGACGUUAAACGGAUAAUCUAUUUGGAUUCGGAUCUUGUUGUGGUGGAUGAUAUUGAGAAGUUAUGGAGAGUUGACUUGCAAGAUAAGGUCCUCGCGGCACCCGAAUAUUGUCAAGCGAAUUUCACACAAUAUUUCAACGAUUAUUUUUGGACCGAUCCAGAACUGCGGAAUAUAUUUGAAGGGAAAGAUCCUUGUUAUUUUAACACAGGGGUGAUGGUUUUAGAUGUGGAGAAAUGGAGGAAAGGAAGGUAUUUACAAAAAGUUGAAGAAUGGAUGGUGGUUCAAAAGCAAAAGAGGAUUUAUCAUUUGGGAUCUUUGCCACCAUUUUUACUUGUUUUUGCUGGAAACAUCAAAGCAGUAGACCAUUGUUGGAACCAACAUGGUUUGGGUGGUGACAAUAUUGAAGGAAAAUGCAGGAGUUUGCACCCUGGUGCAAUCAGCCUGCUUCAUUGGAGUGGCAAAGGUAAACCAUGGUUAAGACUCGACUCCAGGAAACCCUGCGUCGUAGACCACUUGUGGGCCCCGUACGAUCUGUAUCGUUCUUCGAAACAUAUCUUCGAUUAA